UGCUGCAGCCGUUCCAUCUGUGCCACCGUUGGUGGUGGGCAGCCAUCGUCCGCCCCCCCCCAUAGAAGAGCCUGCUGAGCCCAACGGGAUCUGUCCCUCUCUGUGCUGACCCAUGGGAAGUGGAGCACCCUGAGCUCCCUGCUGCUUUUUCUGUGCGUCGGGGGAUGCUCGGUGCAGCCAGACAGAAGCAGAGCUCAGCAUGGUCUCCUCCUCAGAUCCCGCUGUCAUGGAAAAUCCCCCCCAGAGCCCUAAUGGGAGCCUGAAGUCCCCCCCUUCCAAGGAGCUGCUGACCAGCAACACGGCCAGCACGCUGUGCAUCAGCUCCCGCAGCGAGUCUGUCUGGACCAAUACCUCCAGGAGCAAGUGGGACAUCUACCACAAGCCCAUCAUCGUCAUGUCCGUCGGAGCUGCCAUCUUCCUCUUCGGAACAGUCAUUACCACCUUGUCGUGCUUUGAAAUCAAGAACAGGAAUGUGUACAAAAUGUGUGGCCCCGCGUUCCUGUCCAUGGGACUGAUGCUCCUUGUCUGCGGCCUCGUCUGGAUCCCCAUCAUCCGCAAGAAGCAGAAGCAGAGGCAGAAGUCACACUUCCUGCAGAGCCUCAGGUCCUUCUUCUUCAACCGCUGA